UGAUUUACAUUCGUUUUGCCCGAGAAUGUCACGUAAGUAUCUUGACAUUUAUUCUUGAACUGCGUUUUUCUGCCGUCUUGAUACCGCUUUAAUGCUGCUGACCAUACUGGGUUUACCAAUCUCACCAACGCACUGGACCACUGCUUGCGUUUUGUGUGCAAAUUGAACAAACUUACAGGAAUACGAUUUGUCUUCGGAUUGCCAUGGCGUAUCAUACGCUCCGACAUGAAUACAUGCAAAUGCCACCAGUCACCAGAGCGUACACGACAGCCUGUGUAAUCACCACCCUAGCAGUGCAGUUGGAUGUUGUCUCCCCGUUUCAGUUAUAUUUCAAUCCAUUACUAAUACUAAAACAAUUUCAAGUAUGGAGAUUGAUAACCACUUUUCUGUUUUUUGGAAAUAUUGGUUUCAAUUUUCUAUUCAACAUGAUAUUCACAUAUCGUUAUUGUCGUAUGCUCGAAGAAGGGUCAUUUCGUUCAAGAACAGCUGAUUUUGUUAUGAUGUUUUUGUUUGGUGCCACAUUAAUGAUUAUUUGGGCAUUUUUUAUCAACUUAUUAUUCUUAGGACAAGCACUAACAAUAAUGUUGGUAUAUAUUUGGUCACGAAGAAACCCAUAUAUUAGAAUGAACUUCUUUGGUGUACUAAACUUUCAGGCUCCAUACUUGCCAUGGGUGUUACUUGGAUUUUCAAUUCUGUUGGGGAACACGCCAUGGGUAGAUUUGAUGGGAAUCGCUGUUGGCCACUGUUAUUAUUAUCUAGAAGAUGUGCUUCCUCAACAUAGAGCCAAUCUUAAGAUACUUAAAACACCACUUUUCUUAAAACACCUCCUUGAUCCAGCACCAGAAGAGGAUCACGUGCCACCUCCGGAGUUUCGCCCAGGAGGUUUUAAUUGGGGAGGAAAUGCACCUGAAAUUCCACCUGAAGGUCGUCAAAAUGAAUGAGUCAGUGUAUAAUAUACUGUAUUGUUGUGUUGAACUGUUAUUUGAAAACUGUAAAUAAUAAUUUUAACUUAAAUAAAAAUUGAAUUAACCUAUUACUUUAUAGGUAAUUCAUAUA